AAGCGGCUUCGGCGCGCUGUAGGAGGCAGCACGUUUUGUUCAUAGAGCUGAUCUAAGAGGUGGCUAUAAAGCCCUGGCCGGCUGCGGCCCACCAGACGGUCCCGGGGAAUUCGGAACUGCUCGAUGCGCAGAUAGGGUUCAACCAGUAGGGCUUGGGGACCACUGGGGACCGCUGCCUCCGCUUCUGGUUGACCUUCCCGGGGCACACGGUUGUGGUGGCGUGUGAUAGCGAAGACCCAACUGUGGCCAAGGCUGACCAAGUCAGGCAGUGAAAACUCGGGUACAGCGGCCAGACUGGCGGGAUCCAGAGCGGUCAGGCCAAGACAUGCCCGGAACCGCGCUGUCUCCACUGCUCUUGUUGCUGCUCCUGUCCUGGGCGUCCCGGAACGAAGCAGCUCCGGACCAGGAUGAAAUCGAUUGUCUCCCCGGCCUGGCCAAGCAGCCCUCUUUCCGGCAAUACUCCGGCUACCUCAGAGCAUCGGACUCCAAGCACUUCCACUACUGGUUUGUGGAGUCGCAGAACGACCCAAAGAACAGCCCCGUGGUGCUUUGGCUUAACGGGGGUCCCGGCUGCAGCUCGCUCGAUGGGCUGCUUACAGAGCACGGCCCCUUUCUGAUCCAGCCAGAUGGUGUCACCCUGGAGUACAACCCCUAUGCUUGGAACCUGAUUGCCAACGUGCUGUAUAUCGAGUCCCCAGCUGGGGUGGGCUUCUCCUACUCGGAUGACAAGAUGUACGUGACCAAUGACACAGAGGUGGCGGAGAACAAUUAUGAAGCCCUUAAAGACUUCUUCCGCCUCUUUCCGGAAUACAAGGACAACAAACUUUUCCUGACAGGAGAGAGCUAUGCUGGCAUCUACAUCCCCACCUUGGCUGUACUGGUCAUGCAGGAUCCUAGCAUGAAUCUUCAGGGGCUGGCUGUGGGCAAUGGACUUGCCUCCUAUGAGCAGAACGACAACUCCCUGGUCUACUUUGCCUACUACCAUGGCCUUCUGGGGAACAGACUUUGGACUUCACUGCAGACCCACUGCUGCGCUCAGAACAAGUGUAACUUCUAUGACAACAAAGACCCAGAGUGUGUAAACAAUCUCCUGGAAGUGUCUCGAAUUGUGGGCAAAUCUGGCCUCAACAUCUACAAUCUCUAUGCUCCGUGUGCUGGUGGGGUGCCCGGCAGACAUAGAUAUGAGGACACACUUGUAGUCCAGGAUUUUGGCAACAUCUUCACUCGCCUGCCACUUAAGCGGAGAUUUCCUGAGGCACUGAUGCGUUCUGGGGACAAGGUACGCUUGGAUCCUCCCUGCACCAACACCACAGCCCCUUCCAACUACCUCAACAACCCCUAUGUUCGGAAGGCUCUCCACAUCCCCGAGUCGCUGCCCCGCUGGGACAUGUGCAACUUCUUGGUGAAUUUACAGUACCGCCGCCUCUACCAAAGCAUGAACUCCCAGUACCUGAAGCUGCUCAGUUCACAGAAAUACCAGAUCCUGCUCUACAACGGAGAUGUGGACAUGGCCUGCAACUUCAUGGGCGAUGAGUGGUUUGUGGAUUCGCUCAACCAGAAGAUGGAGGUGCAGCGCCGGCCCUGGCUAGUGGACUACGGGGAGAGCGGAGAACAGGUAGCUGGUUUCGUGAAGGAGUGUUCACACAUCACCUUCCUCACCAUCAAGGGUGCCGGACACAUGGUCCCCACGGACAAGCCUCGAGCUGCUUUUACCAUGUUCUCGAGGUUCCUGAACAAAGAGCCUUACUGAUAGCUUCCGCUGCAACCCAUGGAAAUCCUCAGUACCUGAUCAGCCCCUCUCGGCCUCUCUCAGCAGAGAGGAGUCCUCCGCUAAUGCUCCCGUGGGGCAAGUCCUGUACUAAAACUGCCCAGACUUCUCACAGCCUGGUGCAUCCCAGCCUGGGCCUCAGGGCGUCACAGACAGCCUAGGACCAAGUGAGCACUUUGUUCCGGCCAUCGUGGGGUGGCCUGACCUCCCCGACUGCAUAAAAACUGACCACCCCAGGACCCCAACAGAGCUAGAGAAACCCAAGGAGGGGGGUGGAUGGAUUCUAAUUGAUGGUUGACUAAUUCUGGAAUUAAAUCGGGUAUAGCUUCCAACUGGGCUCUUCUCUGUGGCACCGGGACCACUAACACUGUAGAUGGGAAGGGGUUGGCAGGGGGUGCAGAGAAGACUUCAGUUAGGUUCCUGAAUGCCAGCCACCCAGGUGGGGUGAUGGGCUCAGGCAGCUGCAGCAGAGGGUGGGGGGACAUGGGAGGCCGCAACGUCUGCAGGACGGUUCUUGUCAAUCACUUCUCGAAGCCCUUUGGCAAAGUGGAGGUCAGCCCCAACAGUGACGAAGCCCUGCGGGAGGGGACAGGGAGCCUGGCUGGUUCAGUUGUUUGGAAACAGCCUCCAAACAAACACAAGACUCUUGAGCAAAUCCCCUCAGGGGCCCCAGCUGCUUUGCGGCGUGGCGUAUGUUCUCUGGAGCAUGGCCCUGCUUCUAAGUUAAAUCUUUACUACUUAAAUAAUAUAUAUGUGAAGGAGCAACUAGUGUAAAGGGGUUUCGGGAAAACAGACAAGCACUGGGGUGUUGUAGGGACAGGAAUGCCCUGGUCUACGGCCUCCUUUCCACAAUGUACUUACCGCGUGGUUGGUCACCACCUCACGCACGAAGUUGAUACCCUCAGGAAGGGGGAUCUGCACCCCACGCCAGGUACGCUCUGUGGAUGAGAGAGGCAAGCUCAGCCUGGGUGUCCAUCAGUCCAUCUGUGUCGUCAUGUCCACCAUCCACCGCCGUCCCCCCUUUGUUAGUCCGUGUCCCCACUCCAUCCUCCCACCCUCAGUCCCUACCGUUCAGCAAAGGCAUCACUCCGAUUUGCAGCAGUGUCUUCAGUGGGGCCUGCAGUGGGAUCAGCUGAGGGGGAAAAAAAAGGCAGGGGGGGGCGACAGACAGUGCAUACAGGUUUGAGUGAGCGGCCAACUUGCCCCGAGGCCUGGACCCACCCUUUGCCAUCCCCAACUCACCGCCAGAGACUCCAGCGCAGACUGAUUUGAGUAGAUUUGAAACCUGUGGGAGAGAAAUACACCGUGAAACCUGGGAACACCCUUUCCUUGGGCCCUACCUAAAAGAUGGCAGCAAGUGACAGCCUUCCCAGUUCUAUCCAAUCAUCCUUCAGGUAGCUGCCAUUUCCCAGGUGUGCAUCCCUGAGUGCCUUUGGUCUCUGGAGCCCCCUUUCUUUAAGCCUACUGCUUUUCUUUUUUUUUUUCUUUUGUCUUUUUUUUUUUUUUUGAGACAGGGCUUCUCUGUGUAGCCCUGGCUGUCCUGGAACUCACUCUGUAGACCAGGUUGGCCUGGAGCUCUGAAAUCCGCCUGCCUCAGAGUGCUGGAAUUAAAGGCGUGCGCCACCACUGCCCGGCGCCUGCUGUUUUUCAUUUGUCAGGAAUGCCUAUGUGCCACGCUCUGCGGCUAGGUAAAUAAGUAUGGUUUUAUCUAAGGAAAUUCCAACAAUCUUUACUCUCUGUCAGAUACCAAACUUAUUCAAAAGAAUUAAAAUGGCUCUGC